AUGUAUGUGCCGCCGGGCCAGUCGCCGCCUUUUGAAGUCGUGGACGAGUUGCACCAUGGCGCAUGGUUGAUCAUUACCGCCGCGCUGGGGCUAGUGUUCUCGCUUGUUAGCUUUCUGAUCCGGCUCUAUGUGCGACUUUUCUUGAUCCCGCCUUUUGCAAGAGAUGAUUGGGUAUUGUUGGGAGCUACUGCUGUCGCUGUCUUACAAGCAACUCUUGUGUUUUACGCUUGUUCGCGAGGCUUUGGGACUUCAAUCUCGCUAUUGGAAAAUGGAAGACUUGAUCACAUACAGGCAUUGAUCGCGACGAGUGAUAUCAUCGCGUUGAUCAUUAUAUAUCUUUCCAAAUGCUGUGUGGUGGCAAUAUAUUUGCGAUUGACACCCCAGAAACGGCACAAUCGGGCCUCUUGGGCCGUUCUGGCCUUGUGCACUAUUUGGGUUAUUCCAGCUAUUUUCAUUGUGCUGGUCAAUUGCGAGCUGAACACACCAUGGCGAGCCGGUGGUGGUCAAUGUCCAGACUUGCAUAAAAGAUGGCAGUUCAUCGCAGCCGUCGAUGUAAUAACAGAGGUUCUCCUCUUCAUCCUAGCAGUCAUUCUCCUCAAGGGCCUUUUCAUGCCCCUUCGCCGCAAAAUUGCCAUUGGUUUCGCAUUCAUCUUCCGCUUUCCACUGAUCAUACUAUCCAUCAUACACAUCUCAUCACUUCGCACUGCGCUUGAAAGUGACGAUUCCACUCUCGCUUCCGUCGAGCCAACAGUUUGGAUGCAAGUUGAGCUUCACUACGCCCUUGUGGCAUGCAGUGUUUUCUGUAUCCGCCCUUUCAUGGCAGCUGUUAGUACAAAUUACGGAACAGCAGGUGACUCAACCCUGGAAAGCAGUGCAUCGAGAUCCAAUACGAAGGAGGGCUCUAAGUCCGGAUCUGGAUCUAGCUCGAAUGCAGAUCAUACCUCAAGGUCUGCCUCACGCACGACUAGAUCAAGAUCCCAGUCGCGCGUGCAACGCAAAAGAGCCGGAACUGCUACUAGGCCUUUUGCCAUGGACCUCUCUGGCUCCGGGAAAGCGAAGACUCAUGCCUUGCCAUUGAGCUUGAAACACGACGUGAACGCACACGGUGCUCUGAAUCAGCGGAGCGAAGGAAUGUGUUCUAAAUCAGAGGAGCGUUUGCCAGCGUGUCGCUCGAUGUUCCCGAUCGGAACGAGGAAGAACCAUCCUAAGCUGGCGAAAGGGAAGCAUGGGGCGCAGAGCUCUGUUUCUACAGAAUCGGAUUUGAUCGAACUUGUGCCCAGGCCGCAAGCUCAAAACUCGCGUGCUUCCGGUGGAGAAACUGCUGGCGGGGAUAGGAUGGUUAUUCGGAAAGAAGUUCGCUAUUCGGUCCAAUACGAGGACGAGAAACGGACUAGGAAGGAUGAGGUAGCUCAAGAUAUUUCUGUUUAUGUAUAG